GCCUGCUGUUAUUUGCUAYUAUUGUUAUUGUCACGUUUUYCCCCUCUCGUGCGCUACAAACAGACAUGUUUGUGUGCGGAGGUUGCGGGUCUGGUGCGUGACGGGUUAAAUUCUGCAGUUUUUUCCCCUCUUCUCUCUGUGAUGCGCUGGUCCCGGCUCGAUGUGACCGAUUCACACUCCGACCUGCCAGUCUCCAUCACUGAUGAUGAGGGGGAAACUGUGAAAAAAAAUGGAUCCCUUCAGCUCAUUUUUUAAAAAGAGUGCAGGCGUCCGCGGGAGCUCAGGCCUAAAAGAAUCUGCCACAAUGAUGACAGUCAAAGUGUUUGUGUUUAGUUUUCUCUUCACUGCAGCUAUUUCCGCUCCUCUAAGAGGCGACGAAGAAUCGAUGACGCUGUUCCACGGGGAGGAUUUCCACAUCCUGCUGUCGUCUCACGAGAUGGAGGUCACGUUCAAGAACCGUUCGGACCCUCGGAAGCCCGUGGUGCUGAUGAGGGGGGGCGAAGUGGUCAGCAGUCGGGCCAAACCGAACCUGCACCUCAGUCACCUCAUUAUUGAGUCUGUGGGCGAGGGGGAUGAGGGGCUGUACAUCAUGAAGAACCCACAGAAUCCAGMCGACGUCAAACAGAUUUCACUUAUAGUCCGAGACUGCACCAUCGAGCAGAUGAUCAAGUAUGGAGGCGCUUUCAAUAUUCCGCUGCUGGGGGUGAAUCCUCCCAUCACAUUAGAGUACAGGCCCAUCGACGUGGAGGCCAACCAGACGUCGAGACCAGCUUUUGUCCUGCUGACCGCCGCGGGCUCCUCCACAGAGCCCUAUCAGGAGCGUAUCAGCGUCAGCGAGCGAUACGUUACCCUCAGCGGCGUUACGGGCGCAGACGAGGGGAGCUACACCGUCAGGGAUAACAAGGGAGUCAUCCAUAAGAAAGUGUGUUUAAAUGUUAAAGAGCACAAUGAAUUUGUGACCUUGUCAUAUGGAGAAAAACUGAAGAUCAACCUGAUUCUCAACAGCUCAGUGGUCCAGCUCUUCUACGCCCCCGCCUCUGACUACUCACCCCGCCUGCUGCUGGAAAAGGGACAAUUUACAACUGCCCAAACAGAGCUGGGGUUUGAGGACCGCCUGUAUUUGGAGGGUUCAAUGGUUUUUCUGGACCAGAUCAAGGCUUCAGACGCAGGCCUGUUUAAAGUCACAGACUCACGGGGUUUCACCGUGUCCACCGUCCGGCUGGAAUUAGAACCCUAUAAACUGGAGCCUCUCUACGUGGCCAUCAUUGCCCUGUUGGGCCUGCUGACUUUCCUUCUGCUCGCCUGUUUGCUGUCCUGCCUGAUCAAAGUGAAGAAGAGGGCCAAGAGGGCUGCUGCCCUGGAAAAACUCGCCCAGAAYGCUGGCAAAGAGGAUGAGGGAGAGGCUUUCAGACAGGUGGUGAAGAACAUCACCAAGCUCAGCGAGGAAUCCAAACAUUCCCAGGCGGACAACACAGAAAAAUCUCAGAGCACCGAGGUGGAUAUCAAAGGUCUGGAGGUUUCCUCUAAAGAAGUCGGGGUGGGUAAUCUAGAAACCAGUGACUCAGGCGUUGGCUUCAACACUGCUCUCCCACUGGACACAGACACUGACGCCCCUGAUCAAAUCCCAGAUUCUGAGGCUGCAAGCAUCUCUGAAACCAAACCGAGUUCUCCUCCCACUGCUGAGUCCAAGCCAGCUGCAGAAAUUAAGCCCAGUCCAGUACCUGAAACCAAAAUCAGCCCCGCCCCCGAGACCAAGAAAACCCCCGAUCAGCCUAAGAAAGAAAAGUUGGAUGCACCCAAACCAGCUGAUUCUAAACUUAGUCCAUCCCCAAGCCCAGAACCCAAAGCUGGUCUGAGCCCAGCUGAUCCAAAGCCUGCACCCAGUCCAAGUCCAGAACCCAAGGCUGCUUUGAGUCCAGCUGAUCCAAAGCCUGCAUCCAGUCCAAGUCCAGAGCCCAAGGCAGCCAUCCCUACAGCCACCACUCCAACACCUGAGAGCAAGACCUCCUCAGCUCCUUCUACAGACCCUGCCAAACCAGCUUCAGCAGAACCUAUUACUAACGGUACUCCUGAGCCAGGUCCGGAUGCCAAAGCAAGUCCAGAUCACGCAGAUAUUAUCAAAGGCUCGGCUCCGAAAGAAGUUUCCCCUAAAACCAACGAGGUGGAGCUGAAAUCUAGUGGUGUUGUCCCGGAGGCCCACAAAGAUGGCUCUGCAGCCGAGGAGUCCACCACCACCUGAGGACUGUACCUGCAGGAAGCAGGGAGAAGCCCCCCACAGAUCCCCGUUUACCACCACUGCAGACAAUCGAACACCCCCACCUCCAAAAAAUAAAGAUGAGGAAAGCACAGCAGCUGGGGCGAGGACGGUGAUAGAACCUGUCCAGAGCCUGAACCCACCCUGAUAAUGAUACUUCAUUUUUCUAUAAUCUUUGAAACUUUCUGACUGAGGCACACUUCAAAAUAAGACACGGGGCUUUUCAAUAAGAAACAUUUUAGUUGUACGCAUCUUGCAGCCUUAUUUUUAUUUAUUUUUUAUUUCCUCCGUAAAACUGCCAAGCUGCAAAUGAAGUCUUUUGCAGAGUUUACAGCUAAAACUUUAACUCCACAUAGGGUCUUUUAUAAAAAGAAGGUUUACGACAUUUCAUUGAAUCAGCGUGGUAAAAUGCUUUAUUAGACUCCAGCUGAACAUCAGGUCACAUUUAGAUGAUGGCAUGUCUAGCGGCCUGUGGAUGAGUUUGCCAGAAAGAAAACAAGUUUUUAGUUUGGUCAGAUCUUUUAAAGUAAGGUUCUGUAGAAAAAGUAUAAACAACAAUAUCUUAUUUGCUGUAGAUAGCUGUUUGAAUUACUUUGGUUUGGAGAAAUAGUUUAAUUCUGACUGGCGUGAUGAUCAGAGGUGGAGCCAGAGGGGUGGACAUGGUGGGAAGUGCCACCUCUGGCACCUGAUUAGCCACCCUCUGUUCCACCCCAAGGUAACUGACAAGUGGGUGGGGAUCUUGGAUUUUGUAUUUGCAUUUUGCUUUUGUCCAUGAUUUUUCUCUGAUAAAAUUUUCAGCUGUGUAUGCUUAAAAAUGGCUGAAUUGUAGCUCUUUGUAAAACUGGCAUUAGCAUUAGCGGUUAGCUUAAUUUAAAUUUAGUAUUGGCAAUGUGCAUGUGAUCAUUCUUAGAUAUUCCCCAACAUAUUUCAUCUCAAUAAGUAUUGAAAUGGCUGAAUUAUAGCCUUUUAAAUGUAGCUGUGGUGGUCAUCUUGAAUUUGUGCUUAGCAUUUAGAAUUUUAUAAGGACAGUUUUUGGCUACUUCUACACUGAUCUUCACCUUUGUAUAUCUAAAAAUGGCUGAAUAAUAAGUUGUGACUAGCAUGGUUUUUGGAACUCUCUUAGCUAGUAUCAAACAAAUUUCAGCUCAAUAUUUCUUAAAACAGCUGAAUUAAAGCAUGUGGAAUUAGCUGUAGCGGCCAUCUUGAAUUCAAUCCAAAAUGCUUUCCWUUAUUUGUAUGUGCCCUCUGAAAAACACCUCAGCCACCCCUGUUCUGCCCCUUGAAAAAAYGUCUAGCUCCGCCUCUGGUGAUCAUUCACAAGCACAAUUAGCAGCAUUAGCAGCUAGCUGUAUCAUUCCUGGUGCAAUCCAAUUUCAGCAGGAAUAUAAUAUGCUUUUCUAUAAUAACUGCGCAACACAAAAUGGAAAUCAGUGUAAAAGUUUAUAAAAUAGUGAUCUGAUGAACAUUUUUUAGAUUGUCGCUGCUCAGGAUGGCUGUGAUCCGGUUUCAGCUACACUCAGACCAGCCAUUAGCUCAUCCGUCCAGUCAGAAUUAAACUCAACUUUUCCCAAAAUUAAGUUGUUGUAAAAGUCCUCUGCAGCAGGUAAGAUAUUGAUUAUGCAUUUAAGCUAAACCCUAUUUCAAAUUAUCUGAGUUCGAGCUUUUUAGACCCACUAAAAAUAAACAACAAAGAGAAAAAGAAAGUUAAUAAAAUUACCUCAUAUGCAGCUAAAAGGUGAAUUUUAUUCCCACUUUCUUCUGAAACCUUCAUAAUAAACAAAUACUAAUCAUACUAACAACUAUUAAUUAUUUUAUUGAGAUUUACAAUCUGAAAGGAAAUAUCUGAUGCAGAAUAUCAUGUUCAAAUUUGCUUUUGUUCUAGAUUUCUGAGUAAUUUUACUUAAAUUUCAGCCCCAAUGCAGCCAAAUAAAUAAUAUAGGUUGUACAGUAUUCCUGGGAAUGUCUGUAACUUAAUAAGACCUUCCUAUUUUCGUUGUUUAACAAGUUUUUUAAAAGAUGUAUGCCGAAAAAAAAGUGUUUUAAGUUUGAACUAGUGGAGAGUAUUUUCUACUUUUCUUUUUUUGCAUUUAUGUCUUUCUCUGUUAUUCACUGAAUCUUUUUGUCCUUUUCUUGUUUCACUUGUUGGAAAAAUAUUUUCUUCACUUUUCAGGUUUUACAAAUGUCACUAAUUCUUUUAUAACCUAUAAUGYGAGGCCUUCAUUGAUGCCACCACACUAUCUUUUAGAACUAGUUUCAAUGUAUUCAGAAGCAUUUAAAUGUGCUGUCAUAACUAUUUAAUAUUAACUCUGAAACAGAGGAUUCAUAUUUAUGUGUUUUUAAAAAUAAAACAUGCCUCCCUUUUGGUUCAGCUGGUUUCAGAUAUAAAAAUCUACCAAAACAUUUGAUAUUUCUUAAUGAAAAGCACAAAAAGUAACAAAAAUUUAAUCAAACGAGACAAAAAUGUUUAAAGGUUCUCAUCAGAUAAUUUACACUCAGCUGGCCUUUUCUGUGUAGCUUCUAGGCUGAUAAGAUGUUUCUUAUGGCUAAACUGUUGUGCCAGCAUCUUAAAAAGCCAUAAGCCAAGACAGAUUCAGAUGUCAAAUUUGACUCUUAGACUAAAUUAAAGUUAUAAAAUUAUCUGAGUGAUAUCAAGGUGCCUCGCUGUGAAAUAGAUCAACAGUAAAAGUCAGAGUGAAGCUCAUCUAUGAAAUGCUGUGUAGGCCUCUUUUUCUGCCUGGAUCUGUGAGGGAACCACAGUCAGAAUACUGACAAUAUCCAUACACACACAACAAACCACAAACACACACCACAAAUAAUGUAAAUACUGCAUGUGUUUGCCAGUUUAACCCCUCGGUGGCUGAAUGUUUCUAGUGUAUAGAGCAAUUAUUGUAUCAUACUAAGUAAAUAAAAAGUCAACUAAUUCAAAUUUCUCACCAACUUUAAAUCUAAUAUAUAAAUACAGUUAAAAUACUAUAUAUACUAAUAUUCACUAAUGUCUUGAACUAAUGUAGCAACAAAACAUUGUAAAAAAAAUCAGCCCAUAAACAAACUAUAAUGGCUCCUUUUAGAUAAGUUUUCAGCUUUUUUCAAAUGAAAGUAUCUCUCACAGUAUUUACACACUUUAAUAAAAAUGUUUAGCUAAUAUCACUUUACGCAUCUACUGCAGCAUGCCCGAAAUGUGAGCAACAGGCUUGUGUUGUCCAGAAGUCGUACGUGUCAAGAGAAGUGAUAUUUCAAUGUUGUUUAAAGAGUCGUCUGUAAAGUUUGUCUGUCUUCGGUGCGACGUUGGUGUUUGAGGCAUGAAAGAGCGAGCGUGUGCUGAAUCUAUGCACCUGUACAGAAUGAAACGUACUUCCUGUGACCAUGUGUGUGUGUGUGUGUGUGUGUGUGUGUGUGUGUGUGUGUGUGUAUGUGUGUGUACGGUAUCCAUGUGCCUGCUUAAAUUGUGAGAAAUAAAAAGCUGUGUUUAAAUUA